AUGUCAAACUACGCACAAGAAAAGACAGUUUCUGGUUCUGCGCCUGCGCCUGUAUCUGCGCCUGUAUCUGCGCCCGCACCCGCACCUGCAAAACGUUCAUAUCCAUUCUGGCUGGGAGGUGUCGCUGCGUCUAUGGCUGCAUGCCUCACGCACCCGCUCGAUCUCACCAAGGUGCGUAUGCAAACGAUGGCUGCAAAGGAUAGGCAGAAUAUGCUGCGGACGAUGAUCUCCACGGUGAAAGAGCAAGGUAUCAGAGGUCUCUAUGUUGGUUUGAGCGCUUCGGUGUUUAGGCAGAUGACCUACUCGAUUACCCGUUUUGGCGCUUAUGAGAAACUUAAAGCGUUUACUGCCAAACCUGGUCAACAGGCCAGCGCUGCUAAUAUGGUGCUCUGUGCUUCAGGUGCCGGGGCUUUGGGCGGUAUUGCGGGGAAUCCAGCAGAUAUUGUUCUAGUUAGAAUGACUUCGGAUGCUACUAAACCUGCUGCUGAAAGAAAGGGAUAUAGAAAUGCGCUGCAUGGUACCUUCAGAAUGACAAAGGAUGAAGGAGUCAAAACGCUGUUUAGAGGAUUGGGCCCGAAUACCGUCAGAGCUAUCCUUAUGAAUGCGUCGCAGUUGGCUAGCUACGAUUACUUCAAGAGAAGUUUGAUGACUUUUGUUGAAAUGGAGGAAGGCCUUCCGCUUCAUUUCUCUGCGUCAUUCUUGGCAGGCACACUCGCUACUACCGUGUGCUCACCAGCAGAUGUAAUCAAGUCGAGAGUUAUGAGUCAAUCUAGCGCGGGUGGAUCUAUCACUCAGAUGUUCAAGGACAGAGAUAGAGAUUACGACCGCAGACGUUACUCUGAUAGACCUCGCCGCGACAGAGACGACGACAGAUACGAUAGAUCUCGCCGUCGCGAUGAUUACGAUAGACGCGCACGCCGUGAAGACCGCGAAAGAGACUUUGAGCGCUACGAUCGCAGGGAUAGAGACAGGAGCGACAGAGACCGCUACGACGACAGGCGUCCGAGGAGAUCCGACAGAGACAGAGACGAUAGGAGGAGAAUUGAUAGAGACCGUGGUGAUCGCGCUGACCGCGACCGUGGCAGAGAAGACAUGGAUCGUAGUUACGGCACUCCAAAAAGACGCAGCCCAACUCCAGACAAUAUUGUGCCACUAUCACAACGCAAAAAACAGAGAAGCUAUUGGGAUAUCAAACCACCUGGCUUCGAAGGUAUUACAGCUUUGCAGGCUAAGUAUUCUGGUAUCUUCGCCAUGGCAGGCGUUCAACGCGCUGUUGCUUUCCCUGGCCAAUCUUCCUUCUCUAAUCUUCCUCCUACUUUAGAGGAUUUCACUGGAUCAAGGGCUUCUAGAAGAGUCUUUAUUGGCGACAUCAAACCAAAUCACAAUGAAGAGAACUUGACAAAGUUGUUUAAUGAUAAAAUGUCGACUAUUGAUCAAGUCGCAAAAAUUCCUGGCGAUGCUACCGUUAAUGUCACAGUUAAGCACGACAGAGGUUACGCUUACGUUGAGUUUAGAAACCCAGAAGAGGCUACUCUGGCUCUACAAUUUGAUGGCACCAUCUUCCAAGGUGAAUCCAUCCAGGUUAAGCGUCCAGAUGUUGUGCUUGAGGAGCUACAGAGCAAACAAGGCAACAACGUCAGUGGAACGGUGCCAGAUUCUGACCAGAAAAUCUUUGUCGGUAGCUUGCCUUCUUUCCUCACGGACGAGCAGGUGAUGGAGUUGCUCAGUAGUUUUGGUGAGCUACGCUCUUUCAAUUUGGUUAAAGAAGGAACGACGGAGGUUUCAAAAGGAUUUGCAUUUUGCGAGUACAAGGAUCCCUCACUCACCGACAUUGCUAUACAAGGUCUGAACGGGAUGGAAGUAGGCGACAGAAAGCUUGUCGUUCAGCGCUCAUCAACUGGUCCAAUGGGUAAAGUUGGCGCAGGUGGUACAUCAACAAUUGCUCAGAUUCUUCCAAUGGCGUCAGAAACACAAGCUUUCCGCACAAACGUCUUACUUUUAUUGAAUAUGGUGACCGCGGAGGAGCUCAGAGAUGAUCUCGACUACCAAGAAAUCAGAGAGGAUAUUCAAGAGGAGUGUUCACAGUAUGGUGAGGUGGUAAAAAUCAAGAUACCUCGACCACCUAGACCAGAUGAUCCAGUAUUCAGAACACCCGGAGUUGUUACAGCAUCUGGGGAAGACUUCCGAUUUGAAGCAGUUGCAGAGGAGUUAGGCGUUGGGAAGAUAUAUAUUCUGUAUAAAACAGAAGAGCAGGCGAGUAAGGCGUUGAAAGCGCUAGCUGGUAGAGUAUUCGGUGGACGUACCAUUGUUGGGGCGUAUGGAAAACUCCAAGACGUUGAAGAUGCUCCACUUCCACCUGAAAUGCCUGCUGAUGAUGCACCAUUACCACCAGACGAAGGUAUCCCACCACCACCGCCACCAACACGCUUGAUGCUACCAGAAAUGCUGCCAGAUAGCAAUCAGAGCGAUGUACGAGAAACGCAAUUUGAAUUCAUGUUUCUGGGUACAGGUACUAGCUCUGCGGUGCCCAUAUUGCCAUGCGUCACGGAUCCCGAACAACGAUGCAAGACGUGCUUAUCGUCCGCGGAGGAGGAUACGAGGGGCAAUACAUCGGCAGUCGUGCAGGCAAAAGGGGGCGAUGGAAAUAUUAAGACCAUAUUGAUUGAUUGUGGCAAGACGUUUUAUAGGGAUUCGUUGAGGCAAUUUCCUAAGCGAGGGCUGAGAAAGAUUGACGGACUACUGCUUACACACGGCCAUGCUGAUGCUAUGUAUGGAUUAGAUGAUUUGAGGGCGUGGACUAUGCGUUCGAUACAGGACUGCAUAGACGUUUAUACCAACCUGGAUACAUUCAACACCGUUAAGAAUGUGUUUCCUUACAUGGUCGAUAGCUCGAAAGCCAGCGGCGGUGGUGAUGUUCCAGCAUUCAGAUGGCACAUAAUAACACCAGGAGAGCAGUUUGAUGUCGCAGGUGUGCCUGUUAUCUCCGCGGAGGUGGAACAUGGAUUAGCUUCACCUAAGAGUGUAUCGGGAGAUAGCUCGCCGUUUAUUUGUCUCAGUUUCAUAUUCCCCGUUGGUUUGAUUUAUAUGGCAGAUGUAAGUAGAAUUCCAGAGAGAGCAUACGAAAUUAUAGAGCGGACAUUCUGGGAUAGAAAACCCGCAGUUCUCGCACUAGAUUGCCUGAAAACAGACCCCCACUUAUCACAUUUCGGAUUGGAACAGAGUUUGAAUGCAACGUAUCGGAUCGGUGCACAGAAAACACUUUAUAUUGGAUUUGGACAUGAGCGUACACAUGCUAGUUGGAUAGAGUACAUAAAGCAGAAGCAAGCAGUUGAUAUGGACAUUGGACCUGGGUUUGAUGGACAAACAGUACAAGUUGAAAGCGAUGGACGCGUGUAUCUCAAAUAA